GUGACGGUUGAUUUUUGUGGUUUGUGAACCAAGAAUAUUUGGUCGGCUAAGAAGCAGACAGAAGUCCGCAAAUAGUUCGACUGCUAUAAAAGCAAAGAUGGCACUUGCAUUUGUCAGCUUACAUUCAGGUCAAACAGAGUGUACAAGGUUGAUCGACUGGGUUGAGGAAAGUCGAGUAUUCUGAUACCAAGACAAUUGGCUAAGAGUCUUUGAUCAGUGUUAACAUACAAACGAACCUUCACAAUGUUCUUGUCAAUAAUCGCAAGUGUCUUACUGACAUGUGUUCGUGCAAAUAUGAAAGAAAAAGAGGUGCUUUUGGAGCCGUUCUGCUCUGACACAACAGAGAAUCCUUUUGCAAACUGCCAAAAGCUGCGAUUUGCCGGGAGAUGCAGAGCCUCUCAUCUCAUGAGAGAAUGGUGUCCGAAAACAUGCAAGUUCUGCAUAAAAAGUCGAGUACCAGCGCCUGUAGACUGCCGCCUAACAAUGUUUGGAUGCUGUGCUGAUGGCAUACAAGCAGCCAAAGGAAAAAAUGGCCUUGGGUGUCCUGAAAAUUGCAAAGAUUACGACAAGCGAUACUGCAAAUUCUACGCUGAUAAUAAAUUUUGUGAAAUGAAACCAUAUUUUAAAACUAUGGAAAGGUUAUGUCCAGAGUCGUGUAACUUAUGUGGGAAGAAGAUUGUCAAUGGCUGUUACAAUAAACUGUCAGAUUCAUAUUGCAAAAGGCUGGGAAGUUAUGGCUACUGUAGAAUAAAGAAAUUGCAGUCUACAAUGCAGAAGAAUUGCGCCCUCACCUGCGAGACAUGUGGUGACAAUGUCCCGAAACUCAAAGAUGUAAUGCCCAAAUGUGCCGAAACUGGUUGUUGUUGGGACAAAGCGACCCCAAUCAGUAAAGGUUGCCCGGUUUGCCGAGACAAGUUUUCGAACACAUUUUGCAACCGAUUCAAGCCAGAAUGCCAACAUCUUGACAGAAUUCAGUCGGUGCAAAUGGCGCUUUUCUGUCCAGCGACGUGUGGUAUCUGUAAUGGAAGAACAUGCAAGGACGAUCAUACCUUUGGUGUUUUCUGCGAUGAGUGGAAAUCAAUGGGAGAAUGCAAUAACAGCCCGGCAGGAAUGAGGUUAUUUUGCAGAAAGACAUGUGGAUUCUGCUCAUAGGUGAUCGGUAGGGAUCUCACAAAGACUUCGUUCUCAAGGCAGUACUGCUUCUUCUUGUCUAAUAGGCAAAAAGUCAGCAAAUGAUUGGAUAAAUAACACAUUUAUCCUGAAUUAUCUUACAGCUGCAUUGAUAUGGCAGUGAACUUUGCAUAUCUCUGUGCAACAUACCCAUACAGUGCUCGAAAAUACAACAGAAAGUAACUACAGAAAGUAUUUAAAAAUAAUCUAUAAUUGAUGAGUGUUCACAACUGUUAAAUUUGAUACAUUUUAGAAAGUUUUAGAUUGCUUCUCUAGCCAACGUUUGACAGCAAUUUAAGUUAUAUGGAAUUUUGAGACGAACAUUUUUCAAACGAAUUUUUGGAAGAAUUUGGAAGAAUUCAAAAUCAAACCUAUAAGGAGUUUCCGAGUCUAAUCCAACACAGAAUCUACCCUAUAACAAAAAUAGCAAUAAAAAUCCUUGUAAAUGAAAUCACAAAUGUUGCAGAAUAAUGCAAAGAAAAUUAAGAAGCAUGAACAAGAGGUUUUAAUUUAUUGCUAUUGGAAUCAGUAAUAUCAUAAAUAGCGACACUGAAACGGAAUUAAGACGCGUUGGUUUGGCUGUAAUCUAAGUCUAUUAUCGCUUUUCUUAAAAUUUAUCAUAGCACUCGCAUUAAUUUAUUAAUUUAUUCAUUUUUAUAGAGCUAUAGAAAGGUUUGAAAUAAAGUAUUUGUUUAGCAAAUAAAUUCACGUGUUGCUUUGAGGCGGUUUCCACUUUAUUCGCUCUGGUCGUGCGACUGAGCGAAUGUACAUUGGGGCAUGCGCAAAUUGCACUUCCUCAUUCGCUGAGAAUGUGCGAUCAUUUGCUGAGUAGUUCAACUCAGCAACUCAGUUGAACUACUGGGCGACUGGUCGCGUUCGCCGAUUCGCUGACGUCGCGCGACCAGAGCGGAUCAAGUGGAAACUAGCCUUUAAGCAUUAGAAGAGAUCAAGAGCCAAGUCGAAAAGCGGAUAUUGAGGCAGCUUUGGUCUUGAGCAUUAUUCGACUGCUCUAGCUCUCGUGGAGUGUACUUUAUUGAGAACUCAUGUGAAACGUGAAAUGUAAAGAAAACAAAAUUGUGUAAAUAACUAAAUUUCUUCAAAUAUUUGUUUCUUCUUUAUUACUUUCUCUUUAUCAAAUUUAAGCCAAAGUUGAAUGAAAAUUGCAUCAGAUGAAUUUUGACAUCACUGAUUGGUGAGAUCAUUUCUAUGGUUGAGAUCAACUAAUGAGUUGAUUAUUGACAAACAAGCAAAACGUGGUGGCGUAAGCAGUACCAUUAUAACAUCCUCGAUUACAGUAAAUUCUCUGCUAACAAAACCCCUCC